AACAUUUCAAAAACCAACAAAUUUCAUUGAAUUAAAAACUUAAUUAAGACGAAAGUAUGGUAAAAAUAGAGAAUACUUACACCUCGGUGGCUUGCAAUCGGACCUCAAAUUCCCUCGAUUGGAAUAAAUCCAACAGAAUUGCUUUUGCGGCGAAGAAUUCAGUUGCCAUCUACGAAGAAACAGACAACAAAUUAUGGAAAAUAACUCAACAAUUGGUCAAACACACGGACCGUGUCAACGUCGUUCAGUGGAUUCAUGACCGUCAAGGCACAGUAACUGGCUUAAUUUCCGGCGCCGAUGACAAAAAUUCCAUUAUUUGGGUUGGAUCUCGUGGAAAUGACAAAAAUUUUGUCCUGCAAGGACACGAAGGCAGUGUGACAACUGUUGAUUCCCUCGAAUUUGGCGAAAAUUAUCUUUUUGUGACGACUGGAGCUGAUUGCACGAUCAAAGUUUGGUUGGGAAAGUUAACAGACGAUGACGUGAAAUGCGUUCAGACGAUAGAUUUGCACGGGAGACUGUGUUUCGCGUUGAAACUCAUCCCCGUUGAUGGUGAAAAAUGUUUAUUAGCCUUCGGAACUGAUGAUUGCAAGGUCGUUUUGAUGUCAUUGAACGCCGAAAACAAUUUUGAAAAGAUUUUAGUGCUAACCGGGCAUGAAGAUUGGAUUUUAGGUCUUGAUUACACGACCAACGAUGGAAAUAUCCUCCUUGCCAGCAGUAGUCAGGACACAUUUAUUCGUUUAUGGAAGAUUUCGAAGGUGCGAAAGCGUGAAGCGACCGAAAUUGUAUCGAAAUUCACGGUAAAUGUCGAAGCGGAUGACCGACGUUUCAAGUUGGGCGACGAACUUUACAGCGUUUCGCUGGAAUCUGUGCUGCAAGGUCACGAAGGAUGGGUCUCGAGUGUUCAUUGGCACAAAAACGGCGAAAAUUUGCAACUUUUAUCGAGUUCUGCGGACAAAACUUUGAUCAUUUGGCAGCCAGAUAGCGACGGAAUAUGGACCGAAAGGGUACGGACCGGCGAAGUUGGCGGCAAUGGGUUCGGAUUUUUCGGCGCAAAAUUCUCACCUGAUGGCUCAAGUAUUAUCGGACACGCUUACUACGGGAGUCUCCAUCGCUGGAGUCGCGAUACCCAAAACGAUCGUUUGUGGAAUCCGGCGAUCGUCACAAGUGGUCAUUUUGCCGAGGUACAAGAUUUGGUAUGGGAGCCGCAGGGAAAGUUUCUCGUUACUGUUUCGCACGAUCAAACAACGAGAAUUCAUGCUCCCUGGAUACGUGACAACCGAGAAAUGCUUUGGCAUGAACUCGCCAGACCACAAAUUCACGGUUACGAUAUGCAUUGUGUGGCAAUGGUGUCGCGUUAUCGUCUCGCAAGCGGGGCGGAAGAGAAAAUUAUUCGAGUUUUUGAUGCUCCCGUCAAUUUUGUGGAAAAUUUUAGGGAAAUUUGUUCAAUUACGGAUGACGCCGAGGGAAAUGAAGUCAUGGAAACACGUUCAAAAGGUGCCUCUCGUCCCACUUUGGGACUUUCGAAUCGAGCUGUGAACGAAAAUACCGUCGUUGAUGCCACGGAGCUGCCGAAUCAUCAAUAUCCGGAACAUUAUUUCGUGGAAACAAAGUUUACGGAACCACCAAAGGAGGAAACUUUGAUGCAAAAUACACUUUGGCCGGAAAUUCAAAAGUUGUAUGGGCAUGAUGGGUAUGAAGUGUUCUCGUUGGCGUCAUCUCACAACGGAAAAUUAUUGGCUUCAUCUUGCAAAGCAACCACAGCCGAUCACGCUCAAAUCCUGCUAUGGGACACGACAACGUGGAAAGUCAUUCAAAAGCUUCGAUCGCAUCAACUGACAAUCACUCAAAUGAAGUUUUCGCCGAAUGAUAAACACCUGUUGACCGUUUCGCGUGACCGAAAAUGGUCUCUUUUUGAACAAAAUCCAGAAAAUGGCAAUUUUGACCUGGUUGGAUGUAGUAAUCCGAAAGGAGGAAUUCAUGCGAGAAUUAUUUGGACAUGCGAUUGGACCGGAGAUGGCAAAUAUUUUGUGACGGGUUCACGUGAUAAGAAGGUUGUUGCAUGGACAAUGCCACCUUCCACAUCCGCCACUUCCGAAAUGGCAGGCGUUAAAUCCCUAUCGACACUUGAAACCGAAGCUGAUGUCACCGCGAUCGCUGUUUCCCCAAAAAAUCUUGAAUCAGGAUAUUUAAUUGCCAUUGGAUUCGGCUCCGGCGUUAUUUCUUUGUACAACUUAAAUACCCAAGACGGCGCCUGGAGCCUCGUUCAUCGAAUGCCACAAGAAAUCGCGCAUCACUUACCCGUUAAGAGACUAAGUUUCCGACCCGCUUCCGAUAAAAUUGAACUCGCGAGCUGCAGUGAGGACAAUUCUGUUAAAAUUUUUCAAAUAAAUUUAUGA